AUGAAUAGAAUAGCAUCGACAGGAUUAUUUACAAGAGCAAUAAAGUAUGGUGAGAGGAUGGCUAUUGUUAACACACCCGUUGAAGGGUUGGGUCAUCAUGGGUCACUCACUUACAAUCAAUUGUUGAACGAGACGGCAAGACUAUCAACCGAGUUGACAAAGCGUGGUGGUCGAACUGACAGAGAUGACAUUAACCAAGAACGUGUCGCAUUCAUGACAACUGCAUCAACAGACUAUGUUUGUGCGCAAUGGGGUAUUUGGAACGCUGGUGGUGUCGCCGUACCUCUAUCACCCCUACAUCCUGCCUCUGACAUUGAAUACUUUUUAAAUCAAUCAAAGGCAUCGGUUGUCAUGGCCGACCAAGACAACUAUGAUAAAGUAAAAGAUAUAGUUAAAUCUCUCAAUUGUACACAUUGGAUUGAUUUAAUUAAAUUGGAUAAAUCAACUGAAAAAUAUAAUAAUCAAAAUAACAACAAAUAUAAUAAUAAUAAUAAUCAAAAUAAUAAUCAAAUAUUUUCAAUUGAUAGAGAUAGAAAUGCAAUGAUUAUUUAUACAUCUGGUACAACUAAUAGACCAAAGGGAGUGGUUACGACACAUGCAAAUAUCGAGGCACAGAUAUCGACGUUGGUGGAUGCGUGGGGAUGGACCGAGAAUGACAAGAUAUUGCAAGUGCUGCCGCUGCAUCAUGUACAUGGUAUUAUCAACUGUCUUGGGUCUGCAUUGUGGAGUGGAGCAGUAUGCGAGAUGAUGCCAAAGUUUAGUGCAAAGGCAGUGAUUGACAGAUUCGUGCAAGACAAGAACGGUGCACCUAGUCGAUACCAAGUACCACCUUUAUCCGUGUUUAUGGCUGUUCCAACCAUCUAUGCAAAACUAAUCAAAUACAUUGAAACAGAGUGCGACAAUGACGAAAAUAGACAAGAGAUUAAAGAGGCGUUUCAAAAACUAAGACUGAUGGUCAGCGGAUCAAGCGCAUUACCAGUACCGGUGAUGAAAAAGUGGAAAGAGUUGUCUGGACACGACCUACUCGAGAGAUAUGGUAUGACAGAGAUUGGCAUGGCACUGUCCAACCCACUGCACGGUCAACGUAUACCUGGAACAGUUGGCUUCCCAUUACCGGGUGUCGAGACCAAGGUGGCCAAGAAAUCGGGCGAGUUGCUGAUUAGAGGACCACAAGUAUUCAAAGAGUACUUUGAUAAUCCAAAAGCAACGGCCGAGGCAAAGGAUCCCGAGGGAUGGUUUGCAACGGGUGACAUUGUCAGUGUCGAUAAGACUGGUCGAUACAGUAUCCAAGGAAGAGCGAGUGUAGAUAUUUUAAAGUGUUCUGGGUACAAGGUCAGCGCACUCGAAGUCGAAAGAGAAAUACUCGGUAAUGAAAAGGUUGAAGAUUGUGCAGUUGUCGGUAUACCAAGUGUGGAGUAUGGUGAAGUCGUUGCUGCUAUGGUCGUCGUCAAGCCCGGUCAAACUCUUUCCAAAGAAGAAUUGGAUCAAUACUGUCGUACUCAUAUCGUCGGUUACAAAUUACCUCGUAUUCUUCGAUUCGUUCCAGAAAUUCCAAAAAAUUCAAUGAUGAAAAUUGAUAAAAAGAUUGUAAAGAAAAUGAUUCAAGAUAGUAUUCAAAUUGAUUCUGGUAAUUAUUAA